GUCCGCCCCAAGUCACCCACUGUUUCUAGAUCAAUGACUUUUUCGUACAGGCUUAUGCAGAAGCGAAGUCUACUUCCUUUGUAACAGUCUUUAAGAAUUCUGCUGAAAAUCAAGCAAUCGAAUAUCUGAAGGUUUCCAAACCAGCAGUUCUUCAUGGAGAAAACUUGUACAAGAAUUUUUUUUUUUUGUCAUUAAUACUUGGAAUUAUGUGGAUAGUCUAUAAAGUUCCCUUAGGGGGGAAUCUGACUGUAUAUCCACAUUUAUGGGGAAAUAUUUUACAUCCAACAGCUGAUCUGAGUAAUCAGUCUGCAAAGAACUUGACUGAGCAAAAUAUAACGCCGAUUAAGGACACAAAACAUUUCCUGGUCUCUGCCUACAAAGAUCACAGGAUUGAUGGAACCAUUCGUAUCAUUAGCAUAUUUAGGAGGGAUGAUGUCAGAACACUUUAUUGCAUCAUUGGUUGUGCUCAACAUGGAUAUUUAGUUACAGCAGCAGAGGUUGACAUACACAGUGAUCAUUUUGGGUUCCCUUACCAGACCACAGACCUGCUGUGUAAAACUGAACCAAAGUGUGAUGCUACAAAUGUCACCAUCAGUAAUUCUCCAUACACCUCAGACAUUCCAGAUAUGAUCUUCCUUCCCAUACGAAACAAAGAGAGGAAAGAGCACAACUUCAAACAUAAUUUCACUGUCUGCAUCUCUACCCUUUUUGGAUCUUAUAACAAUGUACUGCAGUUUGUGCAGACCAUAGAAGUGUACAAGCUCCUGGGCAUACAGAAGGUGGUCAUCUAUAACACCAGCUGUGGCCCAGACCUCGAUAAGGUUCUGCAGUACUACAGGGAGGAGGGUACACUUGAAAUCCACCAAUGGCCAAUAGAUCGGUUUCUCAAUCCCUCCAAAGGCUGGAACUUUAAAGAACAUAAAGGUGACCUCCAUUACUAUGGGCAGUUAACUACUCUGAACGACUGUAUCUACAGAAACAUGUACAGAUCCAAGUAUCUUCUGCUGAACGACAUUGAUGAAAUAAUUAUGCCUUAUCAGCACGCUACACUGGAGCAUCUCCUGGAGGACCUGCAAAGGCAAAACCCCACAGUAGGAGUCUUUGUUAUCGAGAAUCGUAUCUUCCCCAAAACCAUCUUUGAUGAUAAAGGCAGAUUCAAUUUAACACAGUGGAAAAACGUCCCAGGAAUAAACAUCAUGGAACACAUCUACCAGGAACCUGACAGGAAACAUGUUUACAACCCCACCAAGAUGAUCAUGAACCCCAGGCAAGUGGUGCAGACAUCAGUGCAUUCAGUGCUGAAGAAUUAUGGAGACACAUUGAGAGUUCCAGCUGAUGUGAGCAGAAUGAUACAUGUCAAAGUUCCCUCUGGAACGAGUCUCGCCAAAGAACAACUGUAUGUAGAUACAAAGCUGUGGGAGUUUUCGAAGGACCUUGUGCCAAAUGUUGACAGUGUGUUGAAAAAAUCAGGGAUCUUCAGGUGACAGAUUGGGACUGCAAGUCCCGUUUUCCAGUAAGAUGGGAUGACGCUUGACUCCCAGAUGGAAGCAAAGAUGGCUUGGAAUGCCAGGAGGACAGCCUUACCACCAGUCCGGAGAAGUUCACCUCGGAUACCACAGAUCCCUGCAGCCUUCCCUCCCCUCAGCUGAUUCACCACCCGUGCAAUUUCAGUGUGAUUAGGUGGUUCACAGCUGAUUGGAACCGUGGACCCAGAGAUAUCCAACAUCCUAGCUAGAGGGUCAGCUUUAAACACCUGCUCAAAGUAGCCGGCCCAGCGCAGUGCAGCCAAGGAGUGAUAUCAGAUGCCAUCAGAAAGAGCCGGUCUGCUACAGCAAUAGCUACUCCCUGAGUAUGGCAGCCGUCAGACCGACCAGACCAAAAGUAGGUAUGAAGUAGGUAUAGCCACCUACAGAGAUCUGGCCACUCCCCGGUCUGUGUACCUCAGAGUGCUGCCUGAAGCUCCCCCAACAGCAGAGGACAAGAUGUUCCAUGUGCCUACCUGGAUGGGUCACCUCAAACUGGGUCCUGAGUGCCGCCAUGCAGCAGGCGCGUGUUGAAUAAAUCAGGGGUCUUCAGCUGACAGUGUGUUGAAUAAAUCAGGGGUCUUCAGCUGACAGUGUGUUGAAUAAAUCAGGGAUCUUCAGGUGACAGUGUGUUGAAUAAAUCAGGUAUCUUCAGGUGACAGUGUGUUGAAUAAAUCAGGGAUCUUCAGGUGACAGUGUGUUGAAUAAAUCAGGGGUCUUUAGCUGACAGUGUGUUGAAUAAAUCAGGGAUCUUCAGGUGACUGUGUUGAAUAAAUCAGGGAUCUUCAGGUGACAGUGUGUUGAAUAAAUCAGGUAUCUUCAGGUGACAGUGUGUUGAAUAAAUCAGGGAUCUUCAGGUGACUGUGUUGAAUAAAUCAGGUAUCUUCAGGUGACAGUGUGUUAAAUAAAUCAGGGAUCUUCAGGUGACAGUGUGUUGAAUAAAUCAGGGAUCUUCAGCUGACAGUGUGUUGAAUAAAUCAGGUAUCUUCAGGUGACUGUGUUGAAUAAAUCAGGGAUCUUCAGGUGACUGUGUUGAAUAAAUCAGGUAUCUUCAGGUGACAGUGUGUUAAAUAAAUCAGGGAUCUUCAGGUGACAGUGUGUUGAAUAAAUCAGGGAUCUUCAGCUGACAGUGUGUUGAAUAAAUCAGGGAUCUUCAGGUGACUGUGUUGAAUAAAUCAGGUAUCUUCAGGUGACAGUGUGUUAAAUAAAUCAGGGAUCUUCAGCUGACAGUGUGUUGAAUAAAUCAGGGGUCUUUAGCUGACAGUGUGUUGAAUAAAUCAGGGGUCUUUAGCUGACAGUGUGUUGAAUAAAUCAGGGGUCUUUAGCUGAGGCUUUUAAUUUCUACACAUAUUUUUGCUACAGAUUUAUUUUUGAAACUUACCGAAAGCCAAAACAUAUUGUUCAG